CACUGUGUACAUAGAACAAAACAAACGUUCGUCGUUAAAUGUUGUGCUGUUGACAGCGUCGCUUAACCUUUUUCUUCUUGCAUUGUUUACGUUGUAAAACCUUUGUUAUUUACCAUAAUUUCUGGUUACAUAUUAGAUGAGCAGUAGCAUCGGCAAAUUUGAACAAGCGUUCCCUGAUUUGUAUCGGGAUUUGUAUACAGUUAGUAUUUAGCACGGGUUGUGCAGUGGGACAAUUUACACUGUUGCUGCGUGGUCGGAACGAUCAAACGCAUGCAUUGUGAACAUAGAUGAUUGGAAAUUAUUGGAAAAGAAUAUUGCCGUUUUGAUAAUAGUGCUAUUUUCAUUCAAAGCAAACUCCAAUUAAGGGAAUAUUACGAUCGAACACGGACGUAAACAGACACCGGUAUCAACAUGAAAAAUGUAACUUGUCAUUCAUGCAAUCAUCUUUGUGUUGGAGAGGCCUUGCGACACGAGAACCAUUUUUUCCAUCCAAAAUGUUUCAAAUGUGAAGUGUGCUUCCUCGGAUUGGCUCAUGGAAGUUUCUUCCAGAAAGACGGCCAUUUCUAUUGCCCAGAGGACUACUUGGACAAAUAUGGCACCAAAUGUAAAGCAUGUCAGGAGUUUGUGGAAGGAGAUUGUGUGUCAGCCCUCGGCAACACAUACCACAAGGAAUGCUUUGUUUGCGGAAGAUGUGGACGCCCUUUUUUAGGUGGUGAGGAGGUAGCCUAUGAAAGGGUGAAUGAUAAUUAUUUUUGUGUUGAAUGCCGUUUACCGUGCAGCGUGUGUAGCGUACCAAUGGCUCCAGGGGAGAAAGUCACAUACAAUGGUGAGGAUGUUCUGUGCAGCAAUUGUGUCACUAGAGAAGAAAUGUUGUCAUCUUCAUCAUCAUCAUCAAAUAAAACCACACCGCCAUUAAUCAAGAAAACAAUGAAGGUCGCUAACGCUAACGAAGAAAGUACUAAAUGUAGUGGAUGCAAACGGACAUUAAAGUUGAAGCAAGCAAUCUCGGCCAUUGAUGGUUACUGGCAUGCCUGGUGCUUCAAAUGCUCAAUUUGUAGCCAAAUAUUAUCAGCAGAAUACAUGGCCAAGGAUGGCAAAGUGUAUUGCGAGAAAGAUUAUCUUCAGAAAUUUGGUGUGAAAUGUGCAAAUUGUGAGCGGUUUAUUGCUGGCAAAGUUUUACAGGCCGGACAAAAGCAGUACCAUCCAACUUGCGCCAAGUGCGGACGUUGUGGAUAUUAUUUUACAGAAGGUGAAGAUAUGUUUGUGCAAGGAACUGAAAUUUGGCACCCAAACUGCAGCAAAGCAAAUGGAUACAUUGACAAAUUUUCAGAAGCAAGUAAGAAGGAGAACGCUGUACUUUACGAUUACAAUCAGAACAACCCUUUUGCUUUCUCCCUGAACAGCUCCAACCUGCCAAAAUCAAGAACGUCAUCACGUUCUUCCAACAGCUUAAACCCGCAGACUAUAAACUACACAAAUAGCUACUUGUCCCGUGAAACUGCCAACGGGUCCUAUCUGUACCCGAGAGCUCCAAAAACACCAGAGGCACCGGUUACUCCAAAUUUUCACAGACCAGAGUUCACCAGGCUUGCGUCAAAACCACAACCCUUCAUCACGCCUCCUAAAACGGACGAUUCAUGGCUUGCCCGAAGAAAUAAACCCAAACCAGCAAAAAUGUCUGAAAUAUUGAUGACAAAACAGCCCCCUCAUCUGGACAAAGACAUGUCCCAUGACAUCAUCAAUCAAUCACGAUACCCUGCCUCAGAGAAACCGCCAGAGGGGGUGCCUGCCAAGAUUGAACGUGAGGACUUUCCUGUUCCACUAGUCCUCUUUGAUCGUUUGCGCAGCAGAUCUGAAGGCUUUCUUGUUAAAAAAGAGGAAGAAGAAUUUGAAGAUGGCCUACAAAGGGUUACUUCACCGCUUGGUAGAAUGAUCCUAAGAGAAGAGUUUGAGAAGGAGAAGGAUGAAGUUAUUGACCCUCGUUUAGUCGCACGUACUCCCUCUGGAAAAUCAGAGCCAAUGCGACCAUUGAGGUAUUCAUCAUCAUCACAAUCAAGUGCUCUUAGAAAUCGAUGGUCCUCCUCAGCAAAUUCGCCAAGCAACAAAAGUGCUACACUGCCCUCAAACAUGCGGAAUUCAACAUUAUCACCAACUAAUGGAUACCUGUCCCCAAAAUCUUGUACUCUCCCGAGAGAUAUGGAUAACAUACACAUCUUACAUAUAAUGGUUGGCAGUCAUAUAUAUACCUUUGAACCCAAGGUGUAUUUAGAUUUUUCAUCACCAACAUCUUACGGAAGCAGUACACCUGUUCUUUCGGGUAGUCCGUCUCCUCCUAACGGAUCAAUAGAUGGAUUUGGACCAAGCAUCCAUCCAUUGUCAAGUGAGGAACAUCGGUUGCGUCUGUUGCGCAUUGCUCAAGGAAGGUCCAUGCCUAAUGUAGCCACUGGAAAGAUUGAUUUUGAAACUGAUUUUCAGGUUUAUCCACUUGAGUCAUUACUUAUAAGAAAUUACAGACUCCCAAAAGAUGUUGAUAGAAAUCACUUAGAGCUCCAUCUUUCAACACGUGAUUUCUACCGGGCGUUUAAAAUGGGCUUCAACCAGUUCAGCGACCUACCAAAGUGGAAGCAAAUAGAGUUAAAGAAAAAUGCAAUGCUGUUUUAAAAAUGUAAAUCUGUAGAAUAAUAGUAAGAUAGGAAAUAAGCAAUCAUGCCAGGAUUAAAUGUUUUGAGAACACUAUUUGGUGUAAUUGGUUCAUUAAAAACAAACUUCUUUUAUCUAUAUUCAGAUCCAGAUGUAAACCACAUGCAGUAGUAGAAAUUUACAUUGAGUAAAACACAUUAAGAUUUUUAUUGACCUAGCUAGCCUUCUGGUCAAUAAUAAUAAUUAUGAUAAUAUGCCGGUAUCCGCCUAACAACCUGACGCUUAUGGCACUCAAUGCUUGGACAUAUCUCUUUCAGUAGCUUCAUGCACCCAUAAAUGGUUUCUUCGAGUCUUAGCUACCCGGAAAACCGGUACCAGCUACUUUUAUCUGUCCACCAAAGGUCUGUAGGGACAAGCAAACCAUGUUCCCAUAAUCAUUUCAAAUGAUGUACUGGUUUCUUUAAAGUGCACACAAGCUUAUUGUGAACACUGGGACUACGGUUUAUAGCCCUUAAAUGAGAAGAUUUGUUCCACCACCAAAACAACCGUAGAGCUUGCCACUUGAACCAGCCCUGAUACUGUGGCUGCAGGUUAUGACACCCUUGCCUUAAUCAAUCAACUGAACGACUCAACAAUUAGUUAACUUUUGUGUAGAAAGUUUUUAGAAUUUGCUGAUGGUUUAAUUACAAUCAUUAUCAUUUUUAAAUUAUAGUACAAAAAUCUAUAAAAACAAAUCUAGAAAAUAUAUUUAUAGUUAGAAAAUCUGUGAUAUGCUUUUUAAAUAGAUUUAGGAAUAAGGAUAGUUAUGUAAAUACAAUUUAAAUGAGAGUAAUUAUAAAUAUGAUAAAACUUUAACAUUUAUUUAUAUGUCUGUCUAAUAUGUGUAUAUUUAUAUUUCAAAUGUUUAUUGUCUGAACUGUUGGAUUAAAGGGUUUGUGGGAAUUGACUAGCAUCUGUAAUGAUAUGUUUCCUAAUGGUAAAACCAUUUUUAUAUAAAUCGAACACUAGCUUGAAGAGUGAGGUGAUUAUUAGGUAAACUAGGCAUGCCAAUGGUGUUUGUUUUCAGUGCAGAAUGGGGUGGGCACACAUAUCUUGUGGGUGUUCCAUUUCCUUCCCCCUUGCUUAGGUAUGCCACUGUUUACACACUUGUUAGCCGUUUAUCAAUUUUACUGCAUUUAAACAAAAAAAUUUAAAUGUAUACUGUAUAUUUUAUGUCAAUGAUUGAGGCUGAUUAGAGUUUAAGUAUUAUUCGCACAAAAGGAAAGGUUUUGUUUUUUAGUUUCAAAUAUUUAUAAGGUUAUUUCUUGUCAGCCCACAUUUAUUAUUGUUGUUGUUGUUGUUAUUGUUGUUGUUGUUUAUUGUUGUAACUUCCACUAAAUGGAAACAUACAGUAAUACAUAAAUAUUAAAUACUAAUUGGAUAAUACUACAAAUGCUAUUUUUUUUUAAAUAUUGAAAAAAAAUUAAAUCAAAGAUUUAAUUCUAUACAAAAUUAAUUAAGACAUUCAUCAAUUCUAAACGGUUUUCGAUAAUAAAUUUAAUUUUCAUUUAGUAAAUAGAAACGGAAAGAGCCGAGUGCUUAAGACUGCAUCUUGAUACUAAUAGACAUAGCAAUUUAAAUAAAUGUUGAAACAUCUCGGGAUGUUUUACUUGCUAAAAAAAAUAUAUGAAACAAAAAUAGAAGAAACAAAAACACAGUGCUGGUAAUAUAAACCUUUUAAUAGUACAGUACUUUGCAAUUGACAAAAUAUUAAAAUUUUACAAGUGCAGACUAUAGAAGCCCCAAACAUGGUGUUAAAAUAUGUAAUAAUAUAUAAUUAUUAAUAAUAAUUGAACAUUAUGUGAUUGACUUUAAACAAGACUAAUGACUUAUGAAGUAAGUAUUAAUACUACUACAUUUUUUUUUUUAAUUUUGAACUUUUGUGAAUCUUAGUUUAAUUACAGAAUAAUAGUAAAUACUUUUGACAGAAACUUGUUAAUUUUGGACCACUUGAAGGAUUUGAUUCAAAGAUUGAAUUUCCAUUAGUUUAAAAAAAAAAAAGAUAAAAGGUGUUGGUAAUUGUGUUGCUUUCAUCUUCCUGCUGAAUAUAGCAUUAUUGAUAUUUUUUACUACUGUCAUCAUCAUCGUCAUUAUACUGCAUAUUAAUAUUUUCAUAAUCAUCAUCUUCAUCAUGAAAACAUAAGACAGAUUGCUGUGGUACUGUAAACAAAAUCAAAAGUAUAAUUAUGUUGAUAUUAUCUCAGAAAUAUAUUAAAUAUUAUUAUAUGUUGUUGGCAUUGAUAAUAGCAAUAUUUAUUAUAUAUUAUGGAUAUUAAACAUAUAUUAUAGAUAAUAUUGUUUCGAAUACCGUAAUCAUAAAUUUGUAUAACAAUGUUAUUAUUUUUAAAUGUUAUUAUCAAGAAUUCUAAUUUUAAAUUUCAAAAACAAUAUGUUAGUGUGUCCUUUAAAUAUUCUAUCAAUCCCAAUUUGUUUUAAUAAUUACAGUUGUUACCAAUGAUUAAGAACUUGUGUAGGGUUUUAAGUUUUUACUGAAAUUUCAACUUUAAUAAAAAUAAUACAUUGCUUCAUAUUUUCUUUUUCAUAUAUGCUAAUAGAAUACCAUAUUAUGCCAAACAUGAUCAAUAACAUUAAAUCAGAGUUCAGACUAUCGAAAACAUGUGGCAUGCCUAUAUAUUGUCAUGAUGACAUCAUAUCAUGGCCAGUCAUCAUGACUAUAUAUGGGCAUACAACAGUUUUUGAAAGAGCUUUAGAAUAAGGGAGUUACUAUUCUAUUUUGCAUAGACAUGCUUUUUAAAAUGUUCGAUUUUCCAAAUAUUAUCUGGCCAUUUGGACCCUCGAUUCAUUAUAAUCUCUUGUGUAAAUUAAAUUGAUGAUGUAUCAGACCUUUAAAAUAAAUCUACAACUAAUAAAAUUACGUCACAAGUUGUUGAUGCAA